AUGGCAGACAAGCAAGGAGCUCCCAAGCGUCGUCUUCAAAGACCCGCCAUCUUCGUCUGCGACUUACAAGAGAAGUUCCGGAAUGCUAUUUGGCAGUUUGAUAAAAUCAUCCUCACGACCCAGAAGCUCCUCCGCGCCGCCCAAGUCCUCAAAGUACCUGUCUACGUAACGACUCAAAACGCAGCCAAGCUAGGCGGAACCGUCCCCGAGUUCGCUCCCCUACUCAGCUCCGCCGUCUGCACCGUCGACAAGACCUACUUCAGCAUGUGGGUUCCCGAACUCAGCAAAUAUUUUCAAUCGUCGGCGCCCUCGGAGAUCGUCAUCGUAGGCAUCGAGAGCCAUAUCUGCGUAACGCAAACCUCGCUCGACCUCUUGGCGGCAGGGCACAAGGUUUACGUUCUCGCGGACGGGGUGUCGAGCUGCAACAAGGAAGAAGUCGGGAUCGCGCUCGAUCGGUUGAGAAAAGAGGGUGCGACGAUCACCACGAGCGAGAGUUGGUUGUAUGAGUGUAUGGGGGAUGCGGGGAUUGCUGAGUUUAGAGACGUGGCGAGGGUGGUCAAGGAGACGGGGCAGGAUACGAAAGUGGCGUUGGAGGGUUUGUUGAGUAAGAUGUAG